AUGGCACAUGACCCUGCAGAUCAUAGGGGGAAUGUGAUACAGAGGAUUGAGAAUCUCCAGACUCUACGCAACCUGCAGGUUCUGGAUUUGUCCUGUAACCGGUUUCAAAACCUCUCGGGUCUCCAAAACCUCCAUCUCCUGGGAAACAUCAACCUUGAGAGCAAUCUGAUCAGUGAGGUAAAAGAGGCUGCACAUUUGCAUGACCUGAUAUUGUUGAGAGAAAUGAAUCUCCUCAGAAACCCAGUGCAGGACCAGGAUGACUAUAGACUAGCUGUGAUAUUCCUCCUUCAGCACCUCACCAUUCUGGAUCAACACACUGUAACUGCAGAGGAGAAGGUGUCUGCUGUGAACAAGUACGACCCUCCUCUGGAGGUGAUCGCAGCCAGAGAUCACAUGACCCACUUGAUGUACCAGCUCAUGCAACCACAGGUUAUUUUUGACAGUACUCUCCCCAGUCUGGAUGCUCCGUACCCCAUGUUGGUCCUCACUGGCCCUCAGGCCUGUGGGAAGAGGGAACUAGCCCAUAAGCUGUGCCAGGAAUUCAGUGACUAUUUUGCUUAUGGUGCCUGCCACACCACCAGGGGGCCCUAUUAUGGGGAAGAGGAUGGAUCAGACUAUCACUUUGUCACAGAGGAAGAAUUUCAGAACAUGAUUCAAAUGGGUCAAUUUGUCCAGACGAUGCAGUACGGAGGACAUUGGUAUGGCCUGUCGCGGGAAACUAUUGAGCGUGUGGCUCGUGAAGGUCUGGCCUGCUGUGUGCAUAUGGAACUAGAGGGAGUGUAUAGUUUGAAGAACUCAUAUUUUGAACCCCGUUACGUCUUGCUGAUCCCCACUGUUGUUGAUACUUACGUCUGCUUUCUGAAAGCAAGAGGAUUCUACAGCAACACUCAGAUGGAAACUGCCGUGUCUCGCAUUGACUUCUAUGCCAAGAUCAACAGAGAAUCACCUGGCUUCUUUGACAACAUCAUCCCUUGUGAUGACCGUGCUGAGGCCUACCAUACUCUAAAACAGUUGGUGAAGGAGUACCUGGGUCUAGAGGAGCAUGGAGGAGGAGGUGACAGCAGCUCAGUCACACCUGACAACACCUCCACAAACUCAACUGGCGAGUUACUGGCAGCCAACACAACAGAGGCCACUGACCUCAUAGACUCCUACAGCAGAAACUACCAGAACAAAAUCCAGGCCAAAAUGACCCCUCAGCAGACCCCUGCAGAAAUGGCUUCCAAUCACCAACGCCAGCAGCUGAUUCGGGAAGCUCUGAGUGGGAAGAGUCCUGGUGCUUAUGCCGAGCUGUUUCAGAGGAGUGCACCCACAGCUCCAUCAUCAUUAGCGUCUCAGUCCCGGCCUCCACCCGGCCCCUCUUCCUCCCCAAUGCGUCCUGUUGGCCUCGGCGUUCCUGACCUCAAUGAGGACAGCAGUUCGGAGGAAUCUCGUGCCAGUUCUGGCUUGUCCAUGAGGAGCUCAGCAGGGGCAUUCUCAGCAGAAUGCUCAGCCCAGGGAUCAGACACUGGGUCACGGCCUAACAUAGAGCCUUUGGAUAUGUCUAUUUUGGGACAGGACCGGGACUCUCUUAGAGGUCACAUGGACUCUGGUCUGACCCCUGAUGCUCCUCGGUCAGUCUCUGAGCGGGUCUCGCCAACACUCCCCUCCUCCCCAGGCCGUCCAGGUGCCAAUGUUAAACCAGUCCUGCCACCCAUCCCAUCUGGAAGAAAGACCAGUGAUUCUGGCUCAAAGGAGUAACUGACAGUACAGAGAGCUGCACAGGGUAUAGAUAUUUGCACAUCAUGUGAGUGUUAGUGGCAAAAAUAGUUUUUUGAAGUAAAGUUUAAUUAACCCCUGAAGCUUCAAGCCAGCCAUUCAAUAAAUGACAAUGAAGGGAACAGCUGUGGUGAGUGCUGUGAGGCAAAAGCCAGUCAGGUCAUUGGAAAAUAUGGAGAUUCCCAUCCCUCAUCUGUGUCCUCCAGUGUGAGUGAUCUGAGUGGCUGAAGGCUUAUCCGUCAUUAGCAGAUCUAAGCUCUGGAGACGGCCCGAAGCUCUCAAAUCCCUGGACACAGGAGGUAAGGCAAGAAAGCACUAUGGAGGUCACACUUUACAUUACAAUGUUCAUGUUACAAAAUAAUCACUUUGCGAUAAUGUUCA